AGAAAAAUAUUUACGCAACCGACUAGUAGGACACCAAACAUUGUCGCUCAUCUUUUUUGUCUCGAAAUAGAUUAGGUCUAAUACUCUAAUCUAGACUACAAUCAUUAAAAUUAGGAAAUAUUUAAUGGCGUAAAUUGUGCGUAGAUUUAAGAUUAACUAAAUUGCUCUUUCCAAUGUGUUGGGCUACACAUUAGCAAUAGAAAAUGUCCCAAAGUCGCUUACAGUUAGACGAAGAUAGGCGAUCAUGUUGGGUCUGUUUUGCAACUGAAGAAGAUGACCGGACAGCUGCAUGGGUGCGCCCUUGUCGUUGCAGGGGGACCACUAAAUGGGUUCAUCAGACUUGUCUGCAAAGAUGGGUAGAUGAAAAGCAGAAAGGGAACAGCACAGUUAAAGUAGCAUGUCCUCAGUGUAAUACAGAGUACCUCAUCUUAUUUCCCAAAUUAGGACCCAUCGUGUAUGUUAUGGAUAUUAUUGACAAAGUGAUAUUCAAAAUGUGUCCUUUUGUUGCUGGUGGGAUUUUUAUAGGAACUGUUUAUUGGACAAUGGUCACUUAUGGGGCUGUUACUGUCAUGCAGGUCUUGGGCCACAAGGAAGGACUUAAUGUAAUGGAACAAGCUGACCCAUUGUUUUUAUUAAUUGGUCUGCCUACAAUACCUCUGAUGUUAGUAUUGGGCAAGAUGGUACGAUGGGAAGAUUAUGUGCUUAAAGUGUGGCGCAAGCAUUCAUCAAAAUUACCUUUAAUUAAUUAUUUAUUUCCAGAUGAACACUCCCGGCUAUCCAGGGUACCAGCAGACACUGUGACAUUGACUGACCCAAUAUCUGCCACUCGUGUGUUAUGUGGAGCCCUGAUUAUGCCAACUAUUGCCACUAUUGUAGGCAAGCUCAUGUUCGGUCUUGUCCAAUCCAAUUUUCAAAGAACUCUAUUGGGCGGAUUCGCAUUUAUUGCCAUCAAGGGUGUUAUGAAAAUCUACUACAAACAACAGCAGUAUUUACGUCAAGCUAAUAGGGUCAUUUGUGACUAUGGUGAGCCACAAAACUCUUCAGCUCCUGUUACAUCUGACUCGCCGGUUAAUCAAUGACCAUUUCUACUCUUUCAGUUACAUUAUUCUUGAAGGGAAAAGAAAAACUGAACUAAAGUUGAUGACAUAAAAAGAUGAGAUGCCUAUAUCUCACGUCUCCAGUGAAUGAGUUUCUUUUUGGUACCAUAACUCAUUGUUUCUUUAAUUAAAAAUCUUAUGUCAUAAUGUGAUUUGAAAACAAAAUAAACUUUGUUCUUUUUUCUCAACCAUACUUAUGAUAGAUAUUAGUGGUACUUCAAAAGUACAGGUCAUUUGAAUCGAUUCAUUUCUGAUACUUUGCACACAACUCAUUUAAAAAAAAUAAGUUUGAAUACCAAAAAUUUAGGGUUCUCAUUUUUUUUGUGUCCAAAAGAAUGUCAAUAUUUUUUUGUUUGGUCCCAAUAUGAUGUAUAUUUAAACAUUUAUGAGAACUGCUUCAUAAAAAAAAAUAAAAAAUUAUACAAUUAUUUUCUUUUCAUAGUUUAUGGUAACUUGAAGAAAUGUAAAAAUAUUUAUCAAUUUUCACAUUUGCAAAUAUUUUUAGACUACAUUUAAAAAAGACAACUAUUUAUUCUAAUACUAACUGGCAUUAUAAGGCUUAAAGUGUGCACUAAUAAUGGUAGCUUUUAAUUAUUAUCUGUGAUUUUAAUUUUCUUCUCUAAUGACCAUGUCUACUGUAAUUAAAGAUAUAAAUAAGAAGACAACUCCUUAAGUUAUGUAGCAUAUUGAGAUGCCAUUUUCUCAGGGAGAUGAUUCUUAUUUUCACAAGUUUUGUUAUUCUUUUAAGAAAAAAAGCUAAUGCUUUAAAUCUUAAAUCCUAAUAUUCUUUAUCAGUUUUAAAUCCAAAAACUUAUGUAUCUAAUCGGCCAUGGUAUAAUAUCCAAUUUGUUACAUUAUGUAUAUACUUGGAAUGGGUUAGUUGUCUGUGAAUUAUACCAUUGCAGUAAAGUACUAGUUGGUGAACAUAUUAAUGAAGACUAAUGUCUGAAAUAUUGGAGUCAAUCUUUGUUAUUAUCAAUAAAAUUAUAGCACUUUUACAAGUAUGGUACAAAAAUCUUAAUAUGACUGCUUUGUAUAAGGUGUUGAUAUUAAUAAUAAGGCCUAUUUAAGCUCGAAGAUUAAUGAGGUCUGCAGUAUUUCAUGCGGCUAUGCAGCCCCAGCUGCAACCUACAUAUUUCGCCACAUCCAGGGCAGACAUAAACUAAGUUAAUAAAUUAAACCAGUAUAUAAUUGUUUGUUGUUUUUUUUAAUUUACAGACAUUCAAAAAUUAUAUUAAAUAUAUCCUAUAAUCAAUGUUUUAAUCUAGUCUAAUCAAGUUAAUAAAAGUUAAUUAU